AUGCUGCCCAACCCCGAAGAAGUGAGCCAGCAGAUCACUGAAAAUCUGAAGAGGAAGAGGGAAAUUGGCCGCUGGGCUCUUCCUGCAGCGCACCUCUCCCCGCUCCCCCGCGGCGGGCGCGGCGAAGUUCAGCACCUCGGAAAGCGCCCCCUCUCACGGCGCGGGGGUUACGCAGGCUCCUUGGGAGCCCGCGGCCUCGGUUUGGCGGGUGGGGAUGCAACUCGCGGGAACGCUGCUGGCAGUUCCCUGGGAGCUGACAACAGCGGAGAGACGGAGACGCGAAGCCGCGAGGGCAGCAUCGAAAGCCCUGCAGAGAGUCAGAGCGAGAGGCACUUGCGCAGGCAGGUGGCCGCUGCAGCCGCGAAAGCCACCAUGAAUAAGGUGGCUGGCGGGGACGAGCUCGCAGAACUCUUCAGUCUGAUGCCGGACCUUCUGCAGGCGACCAACACUAGCGGCAACGCGUCACUGCAGCUCCAGGACUUGUCGUGGGAGCUGGGGCUAGAUUUGCCAGCCGGCGCGGCGCCAGGGCAUCCCCCGGGCGGCGGCGGGGCAGAGAGCGCGGACACCCAGACGCGGGUGAGGAUCCUCAUCAGCGUGGUGCACUGGGCGGUUUGCGCGUUGGGGCUGACGGGCAACCUCCUGGCGCUCUACCUGAUGAAGAGUAAGCAGGGCUGGCGCAAGUCCUCCAUCAACCUCUUCGUCACCAAGCUGGUGCUGCCGGACAUGCAGUUCGUGCUCACCCUGCCCUUCUGAGCUGUGGAAAACUCCCUCGACUUCAGAUGGCAUUUUGGCAAGGCCACGUGGAAGAUCGUAUCCACAGUGACGUCCAUGAACAUGUACGCCAGCGUCUUCUUUCUCACCUCCACGAGCGUGGCGCGCUGCCACUCGGUGGCCUUGGCUCUUAAGAGCCACCGGACCCGAGGGCACGGCGGGGGUGACUGCUGCGGCCGGAGCCUGGGGGACAGCUGCCGCUUCUCGGCCAAAGCAGUGCGCGUGUUGAUUGCGCUGGCCUCGCUGCCCAAAGCCAUCUUCUCCACCACGAUCAAGGUGAUGGGCGAGGAGUUGUGCCUGGUGCACUUCCCGGACAAGUCGCUAGGCCGCGACAGGCAGUCCUAGCUGGGCCUCUACCACUUGCAGAAGGUGCUGCUGGGCUUCUUGCCGCCGCUGGGCAUCAUCAGCCUGUGCUAUCUGCUGCCGGUGCGCUUCAUCUCCGACCACCGCGUGGCAGGGACCGAAGUAGGAGCCUCAGCAGCCGGGGGAGGCCUGGCCAGAGCCAGCGCCCGGAGACGCUCCAAGGCCACCAAAUCAGUGACCAUCGUGGUCCUAUCCUUCUUCCUGUGCUGGUUGCCUAAUCAGGCACUCACCACCUGGAACAUCCUCAUCAAGUUCAACGCGGUGUCCUUCAGCCAAGAGUACUUCCUGUGCCAGGUAUACGCGCUCCCGGUGAGCGUGUGCCUGGCGCACUCCAACAGCUGCCUCAAGCCCAUCCUCUACUGCCUCGUGCGCCGCGAGUUCCGCAAUGCGCUCGAGAAUCUACUGCGGCGCCUCGCGUCGCCUUCUCUCACUAGCAUGCGCCCUUUCUCCGCCGCCACCAAGCCGGAGCCCGAGGACCACCGGCAGGCCCUGGCGCCUCUCCACCAGGCCGCGGAGCACGACAUGCUCUACUCUCCGCCCGGCGUGGUGGUCUACAGCGAGGGGCGCUACGACCUGCUGCCCAGCAGCUCCGCCUACUGA